AGAGCACAGUGUCAGUAUGUAUUACAGGAAAAACAAAAUUGAUCCCAUGGUUGACCUACUCAGCAAUCGGCAUUUGCUGCGCUGCGUAUGAAAGCCAUCGUCACCAAAGGCGAAAAACCUAGAAAUGUUGCUUCAACCCAAUCCACAGUAACACUUGCAACAAACAAUGUUACUCACUUGUCACUAUCACGUUGCAUAUUCACCUUCUUCUACUCAUUCACUCUGCAUCAAUACUAAUAGAAACUGCAACCUCUCCGUCAUCGCCUUGCGCCCCCUUCACCUCAACCUCAAAUUAUUCACACCCUACAGAUUCAGCUCCUCCAUAACCCACGCCGUUCCCUCUCGCCUCCAAUCCGAAGGUGCUGCUGUGACCAACCAUGUCGUCGGCGAUUCCGCUUUCGACUCGCUCCUUUCUUUUCUCGAAUUGUCGUGCCUGCUUUCUUCGGCAGGUGUCGCUGUGAUUGCGUGUUGGAAGAAGGAGCUCUUGGCGGCAAUUGGCAGCAGAGCUGCUCUAUUGGGGAUUUUGAUGUUGGUGGUUGGGGUUUUGAGUGGGGCGUGGAUUCGGAGGCGCCAAUGGAGUCGGGUUUGUAGGGAGACGGUGAAGGAUGGUUUGGAGGUGAAUUUGCUUGAGAGGAUUGAGAAAUUGGAGGAGGAUUUAAGGAGCUCCGCUACGGUUGUUAGGGUUUUAUCGAGACAGCUUGAGAAGUUGGGGAUUAGGUUUCGGGUCACCCGGAAGGCUUUGAAGGAACCCAUUACUGAGACUGCAGCUCUGGCGCAGAAGAAUUCUGAGGCUGCAAGAUCAUUAGCUAUGCAAUCAGACAUUUUGGAGAAGGAGCUUGGUGAAAUUCAACAGGUGUUGCUAGCAAUGCAGGAACAACAGCGAAAACAACUUGAUCUGAUUCUUGCAAUUGGGAAGGCUGGUAAGCUAUGGGAAAGUAAGCGGAAAACCAGUGAAGAACACGAUACAUUAGAAAUCUCCAACUCAGCAGAGGAUGAGGUAAAACGGGAAGUCCACCAAACGUGAAGCUUGCCUUAAACUAAGGGAGGAAAAUCCUGAAAUUUCGUAGUGGGAAAUGUUGGUGGCUCGGUGCAAUAUUCUCUGUGUUUUGCUGUGUACGCUGAAUCAACGAUCAACACACAAAGUCAGAUUACCUAGAAUUUUUUUAAUAAGCACAUAAAUAAUGAUUACAAGUUUUUUCCAGAGUGCCUCAAGUUUGCUGUGGAUACAGGUGAGAAGAAAUUACUCAUGACCAAGAUGGGAGAAAUUACUGACCUGUUACUGGUAAAGUUCGGGAACGUUGUUGGUUAUGUUUGUGCAUGUACUUUCGAUUCAAGUUUAUAAGGUGCUCAUCAUCAGUUUUCUUUCUACAUUGCUUAUGUUGAUGGUUAUAAUGGAUGGGAUACACAUUUUCUCCCUCCUCUGCGUGUUUCUGUAAAAUGGUCAAAUGAACCUUCAAUAUACAUUAAAAAAUAUUGAAAAUGUUUAUUGGUCAGAGAGAUGUGGCUCUGGCACGUAGAGGUAGCGACUAAAAUCCAUUCAAGAUAAUUGCCCCACUAUAUUUUUAGUCUUUGUGUAGAACAUAAAUUAUUACAUGAAGAAAAUUAUU